CCCUUCCGACAUGGCGCUGCUGGGGGCUCCGCGGAGCCUGGCGGCGGCCGCCUCUCGCAAGCGACAGCUGCUCGCCCUCGCCCUGUUGCGGCCUCCGGCGGCCGCCGCCGCCUGUGCCCAUGGCUGGUUUGGGGGGAACUGGCGGCAGCGGGCACACGGCGCCCCGGGAAGAGGCCAGAUUGCACCAAUCUGCAAGCAAAAAUCAUGGCAUAGUCUAGGGGGAGACCAUUCAAGGCCAUUAUUAGAGGCUUCAGAGAUCCUCCCGACUUGGCAGCUGAUAGAAAAGAGAACGUGUUGGCACGGUCAUGCAGGUGGAGGCCUUCACACGGAUCCAAAGGAAGGGCUGAAAGAGAUAGAUGCCAAAAAGAUUAUCAGAGCAAUGUUGUCAUAUGUGUGGCCCAAAGACAGACCAGACCUGCGAGCCAGAGUAGCCAUAUCGCUGGGGUUCUUAGCAGGUGCAAAGGCCAUGAAUAUAUUGGUCCCCUUCAUGUUUAAAUACGCAGUAGACAACCUCAACCAAAUAUCUGGAAACAUUCUGAAUCUCGAGGCUGCACCAAAUACAGUGGCAACAGUGGCAACUGCUGUUCUUGUUGGCUAUGGUAUCUCAAGAGCUGGGGCAGCAUUAUUUAAUGAAGCUAGAAAUGCAGUAUUUGGGAAAGUAGCUCAAAAUUCAAUCAGAAGGAUAGCAAAGAAUGUUUUCCUGCACCUUCAUAACCUGGAUUUGGCCUUCCAUCUAAGUAGGCAAACUGGAGCUCUGUCAAAAACCAUUGACAGAGGAACGAGAGGCAUCAGUUUUGUUCUUAGUGCUUUAGUAUUUAAUCUGGGGCCAACGAUGUUUGAAGUGGCUCUGGUCAGUGGAAUUCUGUAUUACAAAUGUGGUGCAGAGUUUGCUUUAGUAACCCUGGGAACUCUGGGAGCCUAUGCAGCAUUCACGAUAGGGGUCACACAGUGGAGGACUAAGUUUCGGAUAGAAAUGAACAAAGCAGAUAAUGAUGCGGGUAACGCUGCAAUUGACUCCCUACUGAAUUAUGAGACUGUGAAGUAUUUCAACAAUGAAAAAUACGAAGCCCAACGGUAUGAUGAAUUCUUGAGGAUAUAUGAAAAUGCUUCCCUGAAGACUAUCUCUACUUUAGCUCUCCUGAACUUUGGACAGAGUGCUAUCUUUAGCGUUGGCUUAACAGCCAUCAUGGUGCUUGCCAGUCAAGGCAUUGUCGCAGGCAGCCUUUCUGUUGGAGAUCUAGUAAUGGUGAAUGGAUUGUUGUUCCAGCUUUCUCUUCCCCUAAACUUCCUGGGAACAGUAUACAGAGAGACAAGACAAGCACUUAUAGAUAUGAAUACCUUGUUCACACUUCUCAGUGUAGAUACCAAAAUUAAAGACAAAGAGCUGGCUCCACCCCUGCAGAUCACACCACAGACUGCUUCCAUCGCCUUUGAUAAUGUGCAUUUUGAAUACCUUGAGGGGCAGAAAGUUCUUGCUGGAGUGUCUUUUGAAGUCCCUGCAGGGAAAAAAGUGGCCAUUGUAGGAGGUAGUGGGUCAGGGAAAAGCACAAUUGUGAGAUUGUUAUUUCGUUUCUAUGAACCUCAGAAAGGAAAUAUUUAUGUUGCUGGACAGAACAUACAAGAUGUCAGUUUGGAAAGUCUGAGAAAGGCCAUAGGAGUUGUACCUCAGGAUGCUGUUCUCUUCCACAAUACAAUCUAUUACAACCUGCUCUAUGGCAAUAUCGGUGCCACUCCAGAAGAGGUGCAUGCGGUGGCGAAGCUGGCAGGGAUCCACGAGGCUAUUCUUCGAAUGCCGAAUGGUUACAACACUCAGGUUGGGGAACGAGGACUCAAGCUCUCAGGAGGAGAAAAGCAAAGAGUUGCAAUUGCUAGAGCAAUGUUAAAGGAGCCACUUAUUUUUCUCUACGAUGAAGCCACAUCAUCUUUAGAUUCAAUUACAGAAGAGAACAUCCUCAGUGCCAUGAGGGCCAUGGUGAAGCACCGGACAUCAGUUUUCAUUGCUCACAGGCUGUCCACAGUAGUUGAUGCAGAUGAAAUCAUUGUGCUGGAUAAGGGUAAAGUUGUGGAGCGUGGUAGACAUUCAGAUCUCCUUGCAAGUCCAAACAACCUCUAUUAUGAGAUGUGGCACACACAGAGCAGCAAAGUACUGAAUAGCCACAACAAUCCCAGCUGGGAAGAGAGAAACACCCGGAUGUCCAAAGAGGAGGAAAGGAAGAAACUAGAGGAAGAAAUUAGCAACAGUGUGAAAGGCUGUGGAAACUGUUCCUGCUAAAUAUGGUCCUGCAUCCAUCUUCUAACACAGGUUACAAAUGCACAAGAUCACACUGGAGUGCAGCUCUUGUUUUUAAGUCAGCCUUCAAAAAACUUUUCCUGGGUUUUGCAGUUUCUGGGUUUUCCACUUUCUCAGAGGGACAUCAUUUCAACCAAAGGAGUUCUAUUUUUACAUAUUUAGAAAUCUCUAAUAUUCAGUGGCGUCUGCAAGAGCUGAACUGUGUCAGAAACUUCAGACUUCUCCACUAAGAGUGUAAUUUAUGGCAAUUUUUUAGGCAUUGGUAAAUUCUCCUGGUAGUCGCUUGAGGUGGAUUAUUAUAUUGUAAACAGAUUUGUCCUUGACUUACAGUAUUUCUCAUCAUUAAUGGAUGAUAAAGAUGUCAUGUUUUAAUUGUAAUUGGGCUACUUUGAGCUCAUUUGCUAGUGAGGAAGGUGCAAUUUCAUUUCUUCCACGGUGUUCUGGUUUAAAAUGUUCCUCCUUGUAAAAGAAUAAGAGAAGCCUUCAAGAAAAAAUUAGAGCCUUCUAGUAGCAAACUAAAUAUUGGAGUUAUCCAUCUCACCCUUCCAAAACAACUUUCACAGGGGACUAUCAUGAAUGUUUGGGUAUUAGCCUACAAGCUAACAGAAUUUUUUAAGAGCUGGCAAAAAUUUGUAGUUGACAAAGUAUUGUGUGACUUUACAGAAAACAUAGAAAACAUGUGUAAAUAGGAAGAGUAGGAAGUUAUCCUUAAAGGAAGGAACCUGAAUUCAGGGUUCUGUAUCCUCAGCAUCUGCUGCAGCAGUCAACACAGAAUGCAGUCACAAUUUCUAUUUCAGUCAUGGUCUUAGGGAGCAAUUAAGAUUCAAUAAAGCCUUCCAUAAAUUUCUAUUAUGUCAUUAAUGUAUGAGAAAAUGACCUGGAUAAUGUGGAAAGCCUUGCAAUAAUCAUCUCUUCAUUUCAAUAGUCAGAACUUCUUCAGUGUCGAAAAACCUCAGGCGCUCUGAUUGGGUUUGUGUGGCGGGGGGGCUACAGGGGUGGCUUCUGUGAGAAGCUGCCAGAAGCUUCCGCCACGUCUGACAGAACCAUUGCCAGCCAGCUCCAAGAUGAACCUGCCACUGGCCAAGGCUGAGCCCAUCAGUGACAGUAGUGGCACCUCUGGGAUUACUUAUUUAAGAAGCAGGGGGGAAACACAUGAAAGCAGAAGCAGUCAGAAGAGAGGAGUGAAGAUGUGAGAGAAACAACUCUGCAGGCAGCAGUGAAGGAGGGGGAGGAGGUCC